CUUCUUCUUCAAGAUACAGUUUUUACCAGAAGUCCCUUAGCCUCAUAAGAGUGUUUAGCAGUUUCUCAGAGCUCUGACCUCUUUGACUGAAGCAGAGCUCUGGUGACAUCUUCAGAGCAAGUGGUGAAAAAGACCCUCCUGAAUCUUCUGAAUACAGAAGAUAAUGGUACGAGAAGAGCAACCUCGAGAUAGAGAGAAAGCAGGAUGGCGGUCCCAAGUAAGAUUCUGGUCUGUUGCUGUGAUUUCCAUAGCACUCCUCAGUGCUUGUUUCAUUGUGAGCUGUGUGGUGACUUAUCAUCUUACAUAUGGCAAAACUGGCCAAAGGCUGUCUGAACUACACACACGCCACUCAGGUUUAACCUGCUUCAGUGAAGGGACAAGCAUGAGAGAGAAUGUCUGGGCAUGUUGCCCAUGUGCUUGGAAGUCAUUUGGUUCCAGCUGCUACUUCAUUUCUACUGAGCAGAAUUUUUGGUCAAAGAGUGAACAGAACUGUGUUGCAAUGGGUGCUCACUUGGUGGUGAUCAACACAGAAGCAGAGCAGAAUUUCCUUGUCCAGCAACUGAAUGAAUCAUUGUCUUAUUUUCUGGGACUCUCAGAUACACAAGGGAAUGACAAUUGGCAAUGGAUUGAUCAGACACCUUACAAGGAAAAUGUCAGAUUAUGGCACCAGAAUGAGCCCAAUUUUUCUGCAGAAGAAUGUGCUUCAAUAGUUUUCUGGGAAAACAGAGGAUGGGGCUGGAAUGAUGUUUUCUGUGAUACUAAGAGAAACUCAAUAUGUGAGAUGAAGAAGAUUUAUCUCUGAGUGGAACUUUAUUCACUGACACCUUUAAAGUUAAGACCUAUCAUAAAAUGAAAUUUCCUCUUACGCUUAUGUAUAAUCUUUGUCACAGAGGUUCGUGGAAAUAUUCAGAUACCCUUCUGCCUUCAAUCAUCCUUCUUCUGGUUUCCUCUUCUUCACUAAUGAUAAGAUGAACUCUUCCUUCCUUUUCUCUUUAAUUUGUUCUUCAUUCUUUCCUUUCUUCAUAUUUCUUUUUGCAAACACUCCUUGGGCCAGAGGCUGUACUAUUUUGUCUGUUAGAAGACUCAUAAGGAAGUAACUUUUGAAAAUUAUGAAUUUCUUUCACCAAAAUGCCGCUUAAAAGCCCUUUUGGCCAAGAUGGUGACUGGGACUGCAGUCAUUGGAAUCCCUGGCAAGAGCUGAAGGAUUUGCUUCCCAGAAAGUUCACUCACAUGGCAAUUUCAUAUUGGCUAUUGGUAGAAAGCCUCAGUGCCUCACCACAAGGAUCUCUCCUUGGGGUUAUUUGAGUGUCCUCACAAUAUGUUGGCUGGCUUCCACCAGAGCAAGUAAUCCAAGAGAGCAACUGAGAGCAGCAAUGUCUUUUGUGAUCUAGCUUCAAAAGCCAAACACCAUAAUUCCAUUGGUCACACAGACCAAACCUGAUAUAAUAAAGAAGAGGGCUGGGGCACGUGGGUGGCUCAGUCGGUUGAGUGUCCAACUGGCUCAGGUCAUGAUCUCACGGGUCGUGAGUUCAGGCCCCGCCUCGGGCUCUGUGCUGAUAGCUCGGAGCCUGGCACCUGCUU